CCCAGUAUCGAGGAACUCCAGGCGCGCGCGCCGACGCCGCGCGGAGGAUUUAGGGAAGGGCGCCCGCGCCACCGGAAGCUGUCGCGCGGUUCUUGGCGCCGGGAGCUCGGGACUGUGGAGAGUUCGGGAGCUGCCAUGGAGCCACUUGACCUACUUGAGCCGGAUCCCCUCGCUGACCUCGCUGGGGACGCGUUCCUGGAAAAAUUCCAGGGCCGGUGUUACAGUGGCCGUUUCCACGAGGACAACUGGGAAGAGGAAUUUGAAAAGAUCCCGUUGUUCAUGAAGAAAGCACCAUCAGAAAUUGAUCCCAUGAAGAAUCCUGACUUGGCUUGUCUCCAGUCAAUUAUUUUCGAUGACGAACGCUCUCCAGAAGAACAGGCCAAGAUCUAUAAAAAUGAGGGCAAUGAUUACUUUAAAGAAAAAGACUAUAAAAAGGCCGUGACUUCCUAUACUGAAGGCUUAAAGAAGAAGUGCGCAGACCCUGAUUUGAAUGCUGUUCUUCAUACCAACCGGGCAGCAGCGCAAUACUACAUGGGCAAUUUUCGUUCGGCUCUCAAUGAUGCGAUGGCUGCCAGAAAGCGAAAACCCUGGCACCUCAAAGCAAUAGUAAGAGGUGCCUUAUGCCAUCUGGAACUGAAAAACUACACUGAGGCUGUGAACUGGUGCGAUGAUGGGCUGCAGAUAGAUGCCAAAGAGAAGAUGCUUCUGGAAGUGAGGGCUAAAGCAGACAAACUAAAGCGAACUGAAGAGAGGGAUAUGAGGAAAGCCAAGCUGAAAGAAAAGAAGGAGCAGAACGAGAAUGAAGCUUUACUCCAGGCCAUCAAGGCUAGGAACGUCAGGCUAGUCUUUGAACCUGCCAGUGAGGAGGAAGAAUCCGCCUCAGCAGGUCUUUGUAAACUGCUGGACGGGCUCAACUUGCAGAACCCCUACGGAGCCAAGCCAAGUUUGGAUGACCAGGGCAGACUGAGCUGGCCUGUGCUCUUUCUGUACCCGGAGUAUGCCCAGUCGGACUUCAUCUCUGCUUUUCAUGAAGACUCCAGGUUUAUUGAUCAUCUAGUGGAGAUGUUUGAUGAACUGCCCCCUUGGGACUUAGAGCGGAAAUACUAUGCUGAUAAUUUAGAGGUCUACUUUGAGGAUGAGGAGAGGGAAGAGCUGUACCAGGUGCCUCCCAAGAGCACCCUGCGGCAGGUGCUGCAGCACCCCCGGUGCUUUGUGAAAGACCUGACACCAUCGUUUUUGGUCUGUGUGGAAUCCUCUCUUUUCUCUAGAAGUUAUUUCCGGGCGAGAAAUGUGCAGUAGGUAGAGGGACGGAGCCAGGCUGUGGAGCCAUUCCCCCUGGACCUCCUCCCUGACCCCCUCUCCCCGGAGUAUAGCCUACCUGAAUCAGCGGGACGUGCUCCUAGAACCCAGCACUUUUUUUUCCUCAUCCCGGCCACUGUCCUUCCUCAAAUCAUAGGCAGGGAGGAGCUGCUGACUUCCCUGAACUGCAGCUUCUCUGGUCAAAGUGCUCAGCCUCAGCUGGUCCUCACUAGUCUCUGUUUGGUCAUGACAUCCUUGGACUCACUGUGAGUUGCAUUAACCAGCCUCCAUCUCUGAAGGGACCAUUUGUCGGUUACCACAGCAACUCACCCAAGGAACUCACUGGACUGACUCACUAUCCAGUGACCUAAGUUCACGUUCUAACCUUUGUGGAGUUAGAGGCUUUAGAGAAGCUACCCCUCACACUGCACAUACACACAAACCACGCCUGUAAUUUUAAGGCACUAAAGCUGAGGUUCUGGCCUCCGGUUAUUUCCUGAGCAUGGAGGGUUGCUCUGUGGAGAUACUGUAGAUGCCUUGGGAUGAGAUGGGGCCAGGAACACCAGGUCCUGUUUCUGUAUCUGUACACACCUACAAUCUGGGACCCUCUAGAACCCCUGAAAGGUUUGCCAAUUUUCCCAGUCUUCGCAGUGUGGGGGGCAGCGAUGCACUUGGACAGUGGACUGCAUCCUUCCCCAGUUCUCACAUUUUAGGGUUUUGUGCCUUUUGCACUGGAAAAUCUUUUUGCGUGUUGAAUCAUUGUUCUAAGUUGUACCGAGAGGGCUUUCUGUGUCCUGAGCUGUAGCCAUGUGAGUUCCUGUCAUGUCCACCCCUUCCCCGGGGAGGAGUGCACUCGCCUGAAGAGCCAUGAUGUGGAAUGUUCAUUUUCUUUCCUCUGCCAUGAGAACAUACCUCCCUGGCGGGCUGCUCCUUCGGCCUGGGUGCCAGCAUGGUAAGACAUGCGGAACAGCUACAGCAGCUGCCCUCAACCACUGAUUGUAACUUGAGUGAGAAAUAAACGUUUGUUGUUGUAAUAGCA